UUACACGGGGCCAUUAUGAGACUGAGCUGGUAUUUUGGAAAGAAAGCAUCGAUGCGUGUUAAGGCUCGUAUGAUGUUGUUCAAUGCAACAGUGAUGUGUGGUGUAACCUUGCCGAAAUAUGGUCUGGGAUUUCACUGAAUGCACCGAAGGAGUUUUGCAGGACAGGUAGAAGACUGUCUUUGGAUGAUGUUGGAGUAAAGUUGGAUGCAGGACGCGCCUCGAUAUCUCCAGACUUUUAGUGCAACACCCAAAGCUUUAAUCCAUAAACUGGAAACUCGCUAUAUCUCCGCCGAUACGUGUAUGCCGCACACAAGGGAAACUUUGGACUUGUUGACUCCCUGCAUUGCAGAUUCUCUCUUGUCUCAACAUUUAGCCGGCUGAGGAACUUCGUAAUUUUGAACUCCCUGUGACUUGUGUCAGAUUAGCGUGGACCUUCAGUGGAUGCUGGUAGUGAGUUGAAGUGAGCUAACAAAAAAGACUUUGUGCGUUCUCCAGGAAACAUCAUUUUCAGGACUGAGUUGUGCUUGGAGUGGAGUGGGGCCCACAUCCAACGGCAAUAUUACAAAGCUGAUUCCGGAAGUGCUUGCCUGUUCUUUCUCUCGGAUUUUGACAAGGACAUCGGAUGUUUUGAGAUCAUCAACCAUCUGUGGUCUUUCUGAAACUCUCGUGGCUGUUCCCCACCUGCGCACCCUGGAUCUAUGGGUGUUUAGGUCGCCAAGGUCCGCCGAGCCUGCGCUGCAUUUCACCCGUCAGUUGGACCGUGCGUGUCGCUUCGACAUCUGAGAUGAAGAUUCUUAAAACAUCAAUGUGAAGUUGCAACUUCUUGAUAACGGUUCAGUCACAGGAGCACGUAGUCCCAAAAAGACUGAAGAGCGUAUCGAACUGCUUAUACCCUUACCUCCCCAGACUCUAAAAUACACAAAGAUGAAGAACCUGAGCUCACCUUGUUGCCAGGCAACCAUCCUCCUCCUCCCAGUCCUCGUCAUCAUCCUGUCGCUAUGUAUAGCACCCUCUACUGCCCGUUACUGCGAGGAGAGAGAGUGUUGCUUGGGCAGAGAUGACGACUGCCACAUGCCUUACCCGGCCCUCGUGCCCAACACCAGGUGUUACUGUGACCAGUUCUGCAACCGGACCCAGACCGAUUGCUGCCCGGACUUCUGGGGCUUCUGUCUGGGGAUCGAGCCGCCUGUCCCCAUCGUAAGAGGAACCUGUUGUCAUGACGGUCAAGACAUCGAGGAAGGCAAAUCCAUAAAAAUUAACUGCAAUCGUUGCCAUUGCAAGAAAUUGUUGUACGGGUUUUACGGAUUCCAGUGCGAAUCGAAGGUUUGUCUUGUUCAGCCGGAGGUGGCGGAGAGAGUCAACGUGAAUGAAAUUGGCUGGAUGGCAGCUAACUACUCCGAGUUCUGGGGCAUGACCCUAGAGGAGGGCUUCCAGUUCCGGCUGGGAACCAUGAAACCCACGGCCGUGGUGGAAGCCAUGAACGAGAUUCGGAUGGAUGCUGCAUCCUUGGACAUCCCUGAGGAGUUCGAUGCCCGGGAUAAGUGGCCCAAUCUACGAGACGAGGUGCUCAACCAGGGAGAUUGUGCCAGCUCCUGGGCCCUCUCUACCGCCUCUGUCGCGUCUGAUCGUCUUGCCAUCCAAUCAAACGGUACGAUAGCCAUGGCCCUGUCACCCCAACACCUACUGUCGUGUAACAUCAGACGGCAGCAGGGUUGUCAUGGCGGCCAUCUUGACCGUGCGUGGUGGUAUCUGCGCAAGAAAGGCAUAGUUACCACUGACUGUUACCCGUACAAGAGUGGAAUGUCCUCAGAUAUGAAGAUGGAUAAAGGUUCUUGCUAUAUCCGUGGCGAGCAGGCCGCCAACUAUUGCCCAAAGGAACGCCAGACUAGUGAUAGAUAUUUCUCGACCCCGCCGUACAGAAUUUCUGAGGAUGAAGAAGAAAUAAAGGCAGAAAUACUGAUGAAUGGUCCUGUUCAAGCCGUCCUCCACGUCCAGGAGGAUUUCUUCAUGUACAGAAGUGGCGUCUAUAAGCAUUCCAAGAUGGCGGAGAAGGACGAGCAGAAAGCGGCUGGUUGGCACUCUGUCAAGCUUGUGGGCUGGGGAGUCGAUAAAACGUCCGGCAAACCUAUCAAAUACUGGAUUGCCGCCAAUUCGUGGGGUAAAGGCUGGGGAGAAGACGGCUACUUCCGAAUCCUACGAGGCAAGAACGAGUGUCAGAUUGAGUCUUUCGUGGUCGGUGUCUGGGGGAAAGUCGACCCUGACAUGAUCAACGGUAACAACUUGCCAGUCUGAUUCUAGCCUCAGUCGCGUGCCCAGUUUACCCUCAUACAGAGAUUGUCUUCCAACACAAUACGCGCACGCAUAAUAUACUUAUUUUUAAGUACCCUACCUCCGAUUCCUUCCUCAUUUGUACGGUCACGCGCGUUCUGUCCUUGGACAAACUUGGCACAAAGACAGUUCGAGCACGCCAUAUCGGGAAGGUAAUGAAAUGCAAAUGGCAGAGAUGUAAGUAAAAUAUUUUGUGACACAAUGAAAUGGAUUAUCGAACGAUAAACUUUGGCCCCAUGUUUAAAUUUCUGCGUAGAACAGUGGUCUCCAAAAGCGACGACGAAGUUAAUGUUGAAACAAGAUUAACCUCUUGUACAAAAUGUCGGCAAAACCGUCGGCAAACCGAUUACCGUACUGUGUAAGCUAGUGUAAAAACAAUGGUGGUGCAGUUUCUGAGCCGAGGACAUGAGGCAACAUAGCCAACAUGAUUCAUUAUAUUCGUGAACGAACAGGCGGAACAGUGCCAAACUUUGGCUAGUUGCCAAAUGUUUACGCGAUGCUCAUUGGACCGUUGUUCACACAUGAUGGCAUCCUUUGUGGAGAACUGCGCAUGCUCUGUGACCUAAUGUAAGGAUAUGCAGUGAAAUGACCCUUAGUUUGAAAUUCCUCCAUCCAAAUCUAUACGCUGACGCUGAAACUAUUUCAUGUCUUAAUAUCUGAAGAUUUACUCAAAGUCCGAACUAUAUGCUCCUGCUUAUAGUGUGUCAUGUGUUAGUCAUGUGAUGAAUAAUGUAUUCGUGUAUCCUGCGCACGCGCACGAUCACAAUUUACAAACUUUAGCGCAUGCACACUUGCAUGAAAUCAAAACUAACAAAUUGAGACUUUGUUUAUUGGUGCUUCGAGUUCGCUCUUUUAUUUAAAGACAAAAUACAAAAAUGUAAUAUAUAGUUCUUUCUUUUAGAUUAUACUGUAAAGUUUUAUAUUAUGACAGGGUAUAAUGGCUGAAUGUGAUUUUUUUUUUACAACGCAAGCCAUUAAAUAUUUAGCACUUAUGCUGCAGUAUUUUCAUUACUAACCUGCUUGCCCACAUAGAGGGCGGUAUGCACAAUGGUUGGUCAUUUUGGGUAACUGACGUUGUGGACAUGCAUCGUCGUGUGACGUCAUGAAUUGGUUCAUGUUAUCAGCCGUUCAGGUAUUUUCCUUAACCAAAAUAAGGAUCGGUGUAUACUUUCGUUUUUUUCGUGAUUGUCACCAGUCAAGAACGAAAAUUGACUCGAAAUGAUGAUGAAAAUUCAGCCAUUCAACUGGAUAACAUUACAAAAACAUUAAUGUUCAUCACCAUGUAUCUAGCAUUAAGGACUAGAUCUUUCAGCAUUCUUAUAAACCAUUUGCAGCAUGUAGGUAAGCUUCGGUUGUAUUAUAAUGUGUCUUUUGUACUUCCAAACUAUAUAUUCUGCCGCACAAGUUACACAACAUGACGCCCGUUAUAAUGCAAGAUAGAAAGAAUUAACGGGUCUGAUAUAGUGUCGUUUGAUACGCAUGCGCAAUGGAGUGUUUCGAUCGGAAACAUUAAAGGUUUCUUUUUUACAAAUUUGUCAUUACAUAUUGAGAAAUUGUUUUAAUUCAUUUGAGGAUCUUUUCCUUUGAUCGUCAUCUCCGAGCUAAUUCUGGGUUUGAAGAUAUGAAAGUUCGAUUUCAAAACCGUAGAUUGGCCUUUUACUUAAUUGCAAGUUUCUAUAAAGCAAAUUAGUAAAAUCAGUCGUCACACACACAACGCUGUGUAUUUGUCACAUUUGUUAUCAAUGCAAAAUGUAUUUGCAAAAAUUCAUUAUAGAUUUUACAUUUCGAUUAGACAGAAUAAUUUUUUUCAGUGUAUAUUUUUUGUAUCGCUUUUCAGGAUUGUUUAAAACUUGUUGUGUAACCGAUUAAGCAUGAUUUUCAAUCGUAAAAUAUGCGAUAGUUUUCUAAUGGUAGCAAUGUUGUAUCUUUUAUGGCCACAGGCUGCAAAUUGAGUUAUAUUUUUAGUUUUUCAGAUCUAGAAAAUGACUCACCACUUUCAUUGCAUAAAGGUAAUAUACAACAUUUGCAAACACCAACAAAAAUAUUGUGAAAUACCUUACUUGACUGUAAGUCAAUAACAGUUUCACGCAUCCUGUAAAAUCAUGGCACCUGGUGUGCUGUCUUUUCCGAGAAAAGUGGAAUUUUCGUAUCGAUUUCCAACGAUGUUCGGCCGACCUUCGUUGGCAAAAACUGACGGCUUGGUUUUUUUUCAAAUAAUGCCCCCAAUUUACCAAAAUUAGUUAGUCCACAUCCGUUAACGGGUGCAAGCCAGCUGGUAGGGAACCAGACUACAAGAACAGCAUAUCAUUUCUUGGUCUUUCCCAUUAUCUAUACGAACAUAACACUUUAAACAGGUCAGUGUAACAAUAUUUGCUAAAAAAAACUGACACCCAAAUCCAUCUAUUUCUGAAAAUAAUAGCAAAUCUAAUGUUGUAUAUAACCUUUGAAGGAAACCGGCUUGUAAAAAAGAAUCGCUCUUCUUUUGCUAUACUUUCGCUUUAACACUGUGCCAAUCAAUAUGCAAACCGAGUCCUAAAAAAUACGGAGAAAUUACUUUUUUCUGUUAAAUACGUCAGUUUAUCCCGGCCUUUAUUCAAAACGAUAAACUAUAUAACAGAGCGAACAUCUUGAGAGUUAUUGGUGGAGCUAACCUUUCUGUGUAAACUUACUCUUGAUCUUGUUCUUAAAAAUAAUCUCAAGCCAGUAUGUGACUAUCAGCGUACUAAUGUCACCGUCUUUAAAGUGCUCCGUAUACCAAACGAAAGAGUGUUUGAAUUUUUACAUAAAACUGUGAAAUAUAUCAAGGACAUACAGGAAUCUAAGAGCAAUUUUCCAGAAACAGUUCGGGAUCUAACAACAGAAUGAUUUUCGGUAGGAAAGCCUUGAGGAUUUCGACGGGUAUCAUCAAUGUUCCACAUAAAUCAUCUUCUUCCUUCAAUGCAUGUUUAAUAAUAAAUAAUUAUCUCAGUUUUUCUUUUAAAGGCUAGCUCGCUUUAUUUCUAUCCAUCUCAACGUGAAGUUAAAUCAGCUUUAAGCAGAGAUACUUAUAUGACGACUUAUUGUGAAAGAUUGAAUAAAAUAUUUUGGGGGAAAAAUU